AAUUAUAGAACUGAAAUUUUUUUAAGGUUUUUUUUAUUAAAUGUGCCGUUAUAAAUUAAAUACAAUAAGCUUUAUGUGUUUUUAGCAUUAAUGUAAUUUAUUUUUUUUAAUGUAGUGUGUAAUAUUUUUUAUAAUGACUUUGGAAAGUAUUGAAUGUUCCCUAAAAAACGAGCCUGACUGCUCUAAUCGAAUCAAUAAUGAUUGGGGAAAUUGUAACAAUAACAACAACAAUAAUAAUAAUAAUGAUGAACCAGAGGAAAACUCGCCUAAACGGUCAAAAAGAGAAGUUUCUAACAAUAACACAAUCAACCAUAUAAAGUUAGAGUCUACAAAACCAACUAAUCAAAGAUGUAAUCUUUGUAAACAAAAUUUAGACAGUAUAUCAUUCUAUAAUGGCCAUCCAAAUAACUCAAACGAUGAAUUUAUUGCGUUGACCGAUGAAAAAUUGUCUGUAUAUACAGGCAAAGAGGACAUGUUCAAUUAUCAUGACGAUUUUCCAACGCAUAAAGUAACACAUUUUAGUGUAUAUGACGAGAAAGGACAUUUAUGUCCUUUUGAUACUGGACUAAUAGAAAAGGAUGUUUUUCUAAGAUUUUCAGGAUACUUAAAGAGAAUUGAUGAUGAGGACCCCAAUAUUGAAAAUGGAGUUCCUGCUCAUGAUUUAGGUCCAAUAGUUGAAUGGUGGACUGCUGGAUAUGAUGGAGGUGAAAAAUUACCAAUAGCUUUUACAACACAGUUUGCUGAAUAUUAUUUAAUGGAAGCCUCCCCAGAGUAUUCUGCAAUUUUUACAUCAAUUCAACUGAAAAUAAAAUUAGUUAAAAUAGUAGUUGAGUUUUUAUUAGAUCACACUUUAGACAAUCCGAAUUAUGAGGACUUAGUUCAAAAUAUUGACAAUACAGGAGAAUACGAGUCAGUGGAAGAUACUCUCAUACAAAAUGCUCAAUUUGUUUGUGAUCAGGUGCUAAAUUAUGAUAGAAACGCACCUGAUGAUGAGAAACCACUAAUAUCUUUACCCUGUAUGAGAUCUCUUGUAAAAUUGGCCGGUGUUACAUUUAAACAACGAAAAAGAGUACUGAAAUUAGAAAGCAAGGGGAUGAAAAUUAGUUCAACCAGACAGCCAUGGACCAAGUCAGUAACAACAGAUUUUGUAAGGGAAUUUUUUGAAAUGAUUUUUCCUGAGCAAAUGGACAACAACAAUGAGAAAAAAGCCCCCAAAAAACAAAGAUGUGGGGUUUGUGAAGCAUGCAUGUCCCCAGAUUGUGGAGAAUGCAAUUUUUGCAAGGAUAUGUUAAAAUUCGGUGGACCAGGACGAAUGAAACAAUCAUGCAAGUCAAGAAAAUGCCCAAAUUUGGCAAUUGCCAACGCUGAAUUAUCUGACAAUGAAGAUGAGGUUGAAGAAAAAGGUGUUGUAAAAACAAAAAUAAAACAUUGUUCUAAAAAAAUAGUUCACAAAAACAUAGAAUGGGAGGAAGAAUCUCUUGUUACAUACAAAAAUCAGAAAUGUUAUUCAUCUGUGAUUAUAGAUGAUAUUAAGAUUUCUGUUGGUGAUUUUGUUACGUUGAAAUCAGAAAAUCCUACUGAGCCACUUUGGGUAGCAAAAGUGGUCUACAUGUACGAUAAUCUACCUCAAAAAUUCAUGUUUCACGGACUACUCUACUGUAGAGGCAGUGAUACUCUACUGACUGGUACUGCCGAUCCUAGAGAACUGUUUUUAGUGGAUAAUUGUGAAGAUCUACCUUUAGGGAGUAUUUUGAGAAAAGCAAAUGUUGAAUAUAGGGGAGUCCCAGAAAAUUGGUGCGAACUCGGUGGGCUUCACAACUCUGAGCCACAGCUGGACGAUGAUGGAGAAAAUUUUUAUUUUCGAAAAAGAUACGAAAGUGAUUUUAGUAGAUUCGUUGACAUAGAUAACAGUGAAUUAAAAUGUACAGAGUGUAUUUCUUGCAAGCGUGCUAAGGAUCAAAGAAAUUCAAACAUUCCGCAUUAUGAUAGCGAAGAAAAAAUAAUAACUUGGCAAAAUGAAAUUUAUAGAAUCGGUUCUGGAGUUCUUCUAAACCCGGAUGUUUAUGAUCUUAAUGGUGACAAUGCGUCUGUUUCGUCGUCUAGUUCUAAAAGCGACCAUGUAGAUGAAACAAUAUAUCCGGAAUAUUACAGAAAAAAAUCGGAUAACGUUAAGGGUUCCAAUCUUGAUACACCUAAACCUUUUGUUGUGGGAAUCAUAGAAAAUAUUUCAAAUAAGAAAAAAGACAUUUUUAUAUCAGUAAGAAUAUUUUUACGGCCUGAAGAUACAGAAAAUAUAUUCUUAUCGUCCAAAACUUACCUAACCCAAGUGUAUUAUACAGACGAAGUUGUAAAUGUUUCGUUUUCUGAAGUGACUGGGAAAUGUUAUAUAGCCUUUGCUGAAAAUGUUGUUGCGGCACCAAAAUGGUCUAUGGCCGGCCCUUUAAGGUUUUAUUUUGAAGAGAUGUUUUUAAUCAAGACCAAAGAAUUAUGUGAAGUGCCAGUGGAUGGUAGAAAAAUUGGUACUAUAGGAAAAGGCAAAGGUGGCAAAUCAAAAAGUAAGGUGUCUAGUGUUAAAAACGGGGAAGUUCCACCAGAAUGGCCCAAACUGGACAAACCACUAAGAGCUAUGGAUGUUUUUGCUGGAUGUGGUGGAUUAUCAGAAGGCUUGCAUCAAUCUGGAGUUUGCGAAUCCAAAUGGGCUAUUGAAUUUGACUUGGCCGCUGCUCAAGCAUUUAGACUGAAUUACCCAGACACAAAAGUAUUUUCCGAGGAUUGUAACAGUAUACUGAAGACUGUUCUUGAAGGAAAGGGAGGUGAGAAAGGUUUACCUUCUAAAGGGGAUGUAGAAAUGCUGGUUGGGGGACCGCCAUGUCAAGGCUUUUCUGGAAUGAAUAGAUUCAACGCAGGUCAAUAUUCGCGAUUUAAAAAUUCCCUUGUUGCUACUUAUUUGGGCUUUUGUGAAUACUACAGGCCGAAAUAUUUUAUGUUAGAGAACGUGAGAAAUUUCGUUUCAUUUAAGAGGGGUAUGGUUCUAAAACUUACUGUUUCGUGCCUGUUGAAAAUGGGGUAUCAAGUAUCUUGGGGUAUACUACAGGCUGGGCAUUAUGGAGUCCCACAGACAAGGAGAAGACUUAUUUUAAUGGCGGCAGCCCCUGGCUAUAUCCUUCCUAAAUAUCCUGAGCCGCAACACGUGUUCAAUAAAAGAGGCACACAGUUAUCUUUCAUUUUGGACGAUUUUAAGUACACAAAUGGCUCAAAAUGGACUGAAUCAGCUCCUUAUAGAACGAUAUGCGUUAGAGACGCAAUGGCAGAUUUACCCGACAUUAAAAAUGGAAGUAAUAGAUUAGAAAUACCUUACAACGAAGAUCCGACAUCACAUUUUCAGAAAUUAAUGAGGGGUAGUGAAAAUAAUGAGUUGGUCAGAGACCAUAUAUGCAAAGAAAUGUCUGCUAUGGUCGAAGCUAGAAUAUCUCAAAUACCCACAGCUCCAGGGUCGGAUUGGAGAGAUUUACCAAAUAUUUCCGUAAAAUUAAAUGACGGAACUAUGAGCAACAUCUUACUAUAUCCAUACAGAUCAAAGAAGCAAAAAUCAUCUGAUCCACCUCGAGGGGUUUGCGUAUGCGCUAAAGGGGGCCCAUGUGACCCCACCGACAAGCAAAACAACACACUUAUACCAUGGUGUUUGCCUCAUACAGCCGACAGACACAAUAAUUGGGCUGGAUUGUACGGUAGAUUAGAAUGGGACGGAUUUUUUGGAACUACUAUUACUAAUCCAGAACCCAUGGGCAAACAAGGAAGAGUGUUGCAUCCUGAACAAAACAGGGUUGUCAGCGUGAGGGAAUGCGCUAGAUCGCAGGGAUUCCCCGAUAGAUUUAAAUUCAACGGGAAGAUUCUGGACAAACACAGACAAGUUGGCAACGCCGUACCACCGCCGAUGGCACGCGCCUUAGGAAAAGAAGUGAUAAAAGCCUUAAUACAAACGGCCAAUGUCAACAGCAAAAAAGAGAUGCAAAAAGAAAACAUUCUUUCUGUAAUUUUUUAAUUUUUUUUUAGGAAGCUAAUCGAACCAUUGACUAUAGUACAAGUUUUUAUAUGUAUUAUACAGAAAUAAAAAAUGAUUUUUUGUAAUAA